GCUUUCAAAAUUAACUUAAGUGAAAUCAAACUGGUUUAAUAGUGUAUUUUCUCUCUCUGGAUUUUUAUCAAACACAAAGAGCGCAAUUGAAUUGAAGAAGAAACGAAACCCCAUAAACAAGAAUGCAUUCAUUCGGUUACAGAGCCAAUGCUUUGCUAACAUUUUCGCUUACGAUUCUCGCCUUUAUGUGCGCGAUUUCUUCUCUAUCUGACUCUCUGAAUUCCCCGUCUCCUUCUGCACAAGUCCAGGUGUUGAAUAUUAAUUGGUUUAAGAAACAACCAAAAGGCAAUGAUGAGAUCAGUGUAACACUGAAUAUUUCAGCAGAUUUACAGUCUCUGUUCACAUGGAACACAAAACAGGUUUUUGUCUUUUUAGCAGCUGAAUAUGACACGCCAAAGAAUUCCUUGAAUCAGAUAUCCCUGUGGGAUGGUAUCAUUCCGUCUAAAGAGCAUGCCAAGUUUUUGAUUCACACAUCAAAUAAAUACCGUUUCAUUGACCAGGGAACCAAUUUGCGCGGUAAAGAAUUUAACUUGACUCUGCACUGGCAUGUAAUGCCAAAAACUGGAAAAAUGUUGGCAGAUAAAAUAGUAAUGCCAGGUUACCAAUUGCCCAGAGAAUACAGACGAUGAUGCAUUCUUGUCAUGUUAAUGUUUUUUCGGUAACUUUAGCCUUUGGAUAUUAAACGUUCUUUCAAAGAACCAGGAUCAGAAAACUGUGCUUUCGGUAGGGGGAAAAUAGCUUUUGAAUACUUUUCUUUUUUUGAGAUAUAGCUCUUGAAAGUAUCAGGAAUUUCUUGUGGUAUUUUAAAGCUUAUUACUCUUUUCCUUUAAA